AGUGCCGUUGUGACAUCAGAGAGACGCCGAAGUGACGCCCCACAUAGAGAAUCUGUCUCAAAAUGUUACAUGCUACAUGAUCUGCUCUUCUCUACGUCUAUGGCAGUGAUGCUGACUACACAAUGUAGCUAACCACACAACGUUCGACAACAAAAUGGCAAACAACAAUCCAGCAUGGUUAUCCUACAUACAGGCCUAACUCAGUGUCUUGUCAUCUGUGGUUAGUGAGUACAAGGUUGUGAAGUCAAAGGGAGGAGUCUUGUACUCAACACAGCAAUGAGGGUAAUCGGCAUCGUUCACUUCAACAUGAAAGUCAAAUUUGGUGUCUGCACAAUUGCUCAAUCACAAAACAUGGAGAUGCAUACGGGAUGUUGCCAAUUAGCGAUAGGUUUUGAGAAGCCGAUAAAAUGCCGUAUGUUGCUUGUUUAAGCCUCGUUCUGCUACUAAAAGCCAACGCUGCCUUCACUGCUUCGAAUAACAACAAAGAUGAGAGAGACAACACAUGGUACAAUGGCUUCGAACCUCAGCUACCCUACACAGCUCAGCUAAUGUAUCAAGUUCAGAAUGAAGUUCAGCGGAAAGAUGACAUGAACUCAGGAGAUGUGUCUGAUGUUGUCGAAAAGUUAUGGACAGGAAGUGAUGUGGGAUACCAAAUGGCAAAGGCUGAGCAUCUGUACACAGUGAUCGCCAUUAUACUCUAUGAUUUCCCCUUUGUUGAACUCUUCGGUCAUAACGUUGCUCCGGUUUUCUACAACCGAAGUCGAGCUAUAGUGAUUCGAGUCUUACUGAUGUUGGGUAUCGGUUACAUCUACGGUCAGUUCCAGCCACGUGAUAACUGACAUAAUAUCAUGACUAGUAGUGAAUGAUAUAGACUUAUAUCUAUACAGCAAUCAAGAUCAGUUAUACGUGGACAAACUGA